AAACACCUACACCGGCAAUUGCAUUUACCACAUCCUGAAGACCCCAGGAGAUCCUGAUGUUCCCACUGUCCCCUAGACUGGGUGCUCAACCCCAGCAAAGGGUUAAACUAACGGGCUAAAAACAAAAGAUGCUGCUUUCUCAUCUACCUUCCACCUUGUGGACCUGAGCUAAUCCUGGGACAAAGAUGGUGGAUGCAAAGACCGUCGCAGGCCCCAGCAACUCCCUGGACCUGGCACAGCAGCACAGCGGGGUGAGCAGUGAUAUAGUCAGACCCCCCUUCUAUCAGGUGUCUUGCUGUGGGCCUGUUCCUUGUACCAGUUGCUGCCACUCUAGGUGGCCCUCUCACACAGAAUCUACUUAUAGCCGCCUGUUCUACAUCUUCCUCCACGUGGGAGCCUCAGCAGUCUGCUGCCUCCUGCUGUCAAGGACAGUAGUGGAAAGGGUCUGGGGCAAGGCACAUGGGAUCCAGAUGCCCUCAGGGUUGUGUGUCCACCUGUUUGGCCACUCUGCCUGUCCAGUGCUCAGUGGCUCUGGAGCCGUGUACAGAGUAUGUGCAGGAACUGCCACCUUCCACCUGUUGCAAGCUGUGCUGCUAGUCCACCUUCACUCUCCCAGCAGCCCACGGGCACAGCUGCAUAAUAGAUUCUGGCUCCUCAAGCUGCUGUUGCUAUUGAGUCUCUGUGCUAUCGCCUUCUGCAUCCCUGAUGAGCAUCUCUUCCCAGCCUGGCAUUACAUUGGCAUCUGUGGAGGGUUCACAUUCAUCCUACUGCAGUUGGUGCUUAUCACAGCCUUUGCUCAUUCCUGGAACAAGAACUGGCAGACAGGUGCAGCCCAAGACUGCAGCUGGUUCCUAGCUGUGCUGCUGGCCACCCUAGGAUUCUACAGCAUGGCAGGUUUGGGAGCGGCGCUCCUAUUCCAACACUAUACACACCCUGCUGGCUGCCUGCUCAACAAGAUGCUGAUUAGUCUGCACCUUUGCUUCUGUGGCCUCAUCUCCUUCCUCUCCAUCGCUCCUUGCAUCCGACUCAAGAAACCUCGCUCUGGCCUUCUACAAGCCUCUAUCAUCAGCUGCUAUAUCAUGUAUCUCACCUUCUCUGCACUGUCCAGCCGUCCUCCUGAGAGAGUAAUCCUUCAAGGACAGAAUCACACUCUGUGCCUGCCUGGCCUGAGUAAAAUGGAACCCCAAACACCAGAUACCUCAAUAGCAGUGUUGAGUGCUGGCAUCAUGUAUGCUUGUGUACUUUUUGCUUGCAAUGAGGCUUCCUACCUGGCUGAAGUAUUUGGACCCUUGUGGAUUGUUAAGGUUUACAGCUAUGAGUUCCAGAAGCCGUCACUCUGUUUCUGCUGCCCCGAAACAGUGGAGGCACAGGAAGGUGAGUGACCUGGAACUACCCAGCCAGUAGACCAAGAGACCCCUCCAGCUCCUCCAGAACAAGCCCAGCAUCUUUCCUACAGCUAUUCUGCCUUCCACUUCGUCUUUUUCCUUGCCUCACUUUAUGUCAUGGUUACCCUUACCAACUGGUUCAGCUAUGAGGGAGCAGAACUGGAAAAGACUUUCACCAAGGGUAGCUGGGCUACCUUCUGGGUCAAGGUUGCCUCUUGCUGGGCCUGCGUACUGCUCUAUCUGGGGUUGCUACUGGCACCAUUUUGUUGGUCUCCCACCCAGGAUCCUCAGCCCCCUAUGUUCAGGCGACAUUGCCAUCGCAUCAGUAUCAUGAGAUAACUGUCUCCAGUCUAGGUCCUUGUAGCUAACUGGGGUUUCCCUGAGGUUGUACGCCUUGUUAUGGCUAAGGGGAGCUGUCCAGCCCACCUCAAUACCUCAAGGACACAACAGGGAGUUUUUCCUCCUUUCAGGCUAAAGUCAAUACUAGGUCUUAACUAGAAGAAGUGGUCAUAUACACCCUAAUGCCCUGGGCAGAGGAUCUGAUUGACUGGAGCUACUGUCAUGUCUUCAUCCCAGCUCAAGAGCCUAACUCACAAAUCAGCAACUCAGGCCACUGCUGAUUCCAGCAGACAGUGUGGCACCAGCCCUUUCCUCUUGAGCUGGAGGUGGGGGCAGGGAAAGACCAGGGACUUAAGACUUGGCUCUACCCCUGGAAAUAAAAAGAAAAUACACAGGUCAGCCCUGGGCAUAGGCAUAUAAGCCCAGAACCACAGAACAAAUCAGGGCAUAGGAAGAAAGGAGCACCGAGGCUGCCACAGGUUUUAAUUCUGAUCUUGAGGUCAAAGGAAGCAGGGAGACAAAAACUACCCUCAUUCCACAAGGAAUGACACAAGAGAAUGUGAACACUUGAGAGCAGCUGACCACGGGAAGUUGGUAAGCAGCAGGAUUUUUUGGCCAGCUUUCAAGCAGAGGAAUAAACUAAGGAAGAAUGAGGAAGAGAGCCAUAAACUUAUAUCUUGGAGCCCUCCCUCUCAGGCCCUCAACUCUAUCCUUGGGAUAGUAUUCAAGAUCUGGGUGAGGAACAAAAAUCACAGAA